AUGCAUGCCCUGCUGGAAGGUGCAGAGCUCGAAUACGACUCUGAAGACUCGAACCGUGGUCCGAAUCGAUCGAGAAACGGCACCGAGUCCGAGUCACCCAAAGGGCGCGUAGGCACGAAAUCGCGAUCGCCCGAAUUGCCGCGGUCGGAACUCGUCACUGAGCUGAUGAGAGCUGAUCUUGACCAACUUUACUUCGAUCGCGUUCAUCCGUUCGCUCCGAUCCUCCAACGAUGGCGAUACCACAUCUGGUCGAAACAGCAACAGAAGAGCGAUGGCCAGGCUUGUCUGCAGUACGCAAUGUGGACGGUCGCAGCUUCUCUUUCGGCCCAAUUCCGGUCCCUUCGCGAUCCCCUAUAUCAAGAAACGAGACGGAUGCUCGAUGCGCUAGACACCCAAAACCCAAACCCAAGGCCGGACUCGAGUGCGGGGAUAGAGCACGCGCAGGCCUGGGUCUUGAUCUGCGUCUAUGAAUAUAUGCAGCUCUCGCCACUACAAGCAUGGAUGAGCGCAGGUCGCUGCUGUCGGCUUGUGCUGGGAAUGCGAUUAUACGAACUGGACGACCCGAAUAACCCCGUGAUGGUGGCCAAGGACCAAGAGACAAGUCUGCUCGACUGGACUGGACUGGAAGAGCGACGGAGGACGUUCUGGAUGGCCUACUCGUUAGAUCGCUUCAUCAGCUUCCACAACGGCUUGCCAUUCACACUGAAUGAACAAUUAAUCGCAACCCGUCUUCCCGGUCCGGAAGAAGAAUUCCAAGCUGGCCAUCCCGUUGUAACGCCAUACCUCCCCGAAGUGAUGACGAGGGCCAGCACCGACCGCGUUCAGCCAAUAUCUUCCUUCAGCGAGUGUAUCGUUCUCGCGACAAUAUGCGGCCGGGCUCUCGCACAUAGACAAAAGGUUGCGGUAGAGCAGUUGAGCAUAAGCGGCGAUGUCUCUGUGCUCGAAGGGUUCUGGAGUCGGCAUCAAUGGUUGCACGAGAUGCUGAACGCUCGAAUCCAGAUGCUGUCGACAUCACCACACGUAGACCCUAUGUUGAUGUUCGCUCGCAUCGUCGCUCAGACAAUGGUGCUCUUUCUGCAUAGUGUCCUCGAGUCGAUCACAUGGAAGACGGGAGAUCACCUCUUGGGGAUAAUCGAGUAUGAGCGACUUUGCGUGAUGGCUGCACAUGAGGUGGUGAGCCUCGUCAAGCUGCAGGGGCAGCUUGGAUACUUCAAGGUACUUUGA